UCCAGCUCCUCCCUAAAACGCGGACCUCCUUCGUCAUGCGAAGGUCUCGAGGACGAGACGAGCAAGAAGCGGUUCAAAGAGGACUUUGGAAACGAGUCAGAUAAUGAGAAGUCUGUCGCUAAACCGAACUAUGAGGCCCUCGCAGAUGAUCUUGCUCAAGAACUCCAAUGUGGUUGCUGCGCUGAGUUAGUAUACCGGCCGGUGGUCGUGUCCCCUUGCCAGCACUUCUUUUGCGGCAGCUGUUGCGUUCUGUGGAUUCGUAACGGAGGUACGAACUGUCCUGCAUGCCGAGGGGUAUCUACUAUUGUUACACCAUCACGCCCACUGCAAUCGAUCGUCGAUAUCCUUUUACGUGCUGAUCCGUCACGAGAACGCGCUGAACGAGAACGUGCUCAGGCGGAUGAAGUUUACAAGGCCGGCUGUUCUAUGAGGAUCCCAACGCCACGAGAAGCAUCGCCGGAACCCAACCUGAAUCAAAAUGCGGAUUAUGUUCGCCCUUGUCCUCAUUGCGUGCCUGAUAAUGCCUUCGGUUGGAGGUGCCCUCAACCCGUCGUUGAUUUUGGUGUCGAUCCCGAGCGUGCUUGGCACCUGGACGAUGGUAAUCCUCCCGGUCAUGCGUUUUGCGGAAACUGCGAGAAUCUUCUCGCUUUGCGCGCUCCCUCCACGACAAAAUGUGAUUUAUGCCAGGUCUCGUUUUGCGGCGUUGGUGUACCAGGGCGCUGCUUAGCAGCACCUCUGCUAUCUCAGCAUCCUCACAACAUGUCCGAUCUCAGUGAUCUCAUCCAAUCAUCUGAAGUCUAUGGGUGCUUCGAUAACAAUACCGUUGAGGUCGAAAUUAUGCUUGAUUACCUGACUGCCCAAGAACUCUCACCUCGGCAUAUUUAUCGCGAGGUUGCAUCACACAUUCAGUCUCAGCCUAACGGUUUCCGGCCCCUGAUAGAACUCGACUUGUUCGUGGACAUCCACAGCGUCACCGCUGGAAUUGAUGAGGAUCCGAGUGCACCGAGGAACAGGAUAUGCAGACAGUGUGCUACGGAAGUCAUGCUCUGGGGUAUCAAGGACUGGUGGAUACGAGAAAGGCAGAAGGGUUUUCUUGAGGAAGCUGUGACUCGCCGGCCUGACUGCAAAGAAGGCACCUCCUGCAGCAGACAGAAAGAUCUCGGUAAGUGGACUGUUAUUAGGAGAAAAAUGUUCAAAGUUUACUCGAAACUGGUUACAGCGCAUGCAAGGGAGUGUAAGUUCCAAGUUGUCCCCUAUUCCCCUUGCUUGCGCUAAUGUUUUUGACUCGCAGAUAAUCACAUCAUUGCUCCCCGUUCUUCGGGAGAUUCGGUCCUUUCUGCCGAUGCAUCAAUGACCGGUGUUCAAGGCAGCCCGGCUAUAUUUGCUGCUAUACCUGGAGACGCCGAUGCCAGUCACUCUAGCCAACCAGAACCGGAGAUGGCGGGAAGUGAGGGCAAUGCAGCAGUGACAGAUCUCCCGUCAAACUCCUUUCUGACUGAUGGACCCUGAUGAUGUUCUUUCCCCCUUGCAUCUUAGCGAUUAUA